GUUUUGGACACCGUGCCAAAUGAGUCCAGCGCUAACAAUGAGGACCCUCUCAUCUCUGUUGUCUUCGAGCAGGACGCCUUAUCCAAUAAAGAGAUCAAUAUCCAUUUACGCAGCGUAUAUUUGCGUGCGUCUGUGGACUAUUUUAUUGCUUUAACCGACUUCUUCGUCCAGGCGACACCUUCAAAUCAAAUGCGGAUGCCGAUUAAAUCACUUGAGCCAAUAACCGAAGCGAGAAUAUUAGAUCGUGCCUUGACCUCCAAGAAGACCGAUAAGGUUGUGCUCAAAGAUGAACGAAUUAUCCCGGUUCUUGAAACUACUCCCCGCCCUUGGGAGUUAAAUUUGCACGCUAUCAUUGAUCGACCGGAGAUAAUGCUUGUCGAAGACAUUUACAAUAUCAAUACUCGAGCUGUUAUUCUUACGGUAGAUAUCUCAAGAAAUAUUCAUUAG